AUGUCUGUCACCUCCACCAGCAACCACAGAGUCACCAACAACUACCACAACGACACCGCUACCUACCACCACGUCACCGCUACCUACGACCACGUCACCGCUACCUACCACCGCGUCACCGCUACCAAUGACCACGUCACCGCUACCUACAACCACGUCACCGCUACCUACCACCACGUCACCGCUACCUACGACCACGUCACAACUACCUACGACCACGUCCCACUACCUACGACCACGUCACAAAUACCUACAACCACGUCACCGCUACCUACCACCACGUCACAACUACCUACCACCACGUCACCACAACCAGAUAGGGCUGAAAGGGCUGAAACGGGUAGGAAAUUGGGAACUCGACUACUCAAGUUGAAUUACUCGACGAGUACUCGUCUGCAGUUCGCCAAGCGACCGGGGGUCAGGUGGACGUCAGGUGUGACAUCACCACGCCAGAACCAGAGCAGUGACGGCACGAACACGAUCGACUCACCAGCCGGGGGUCAGGUGGACGUCAGGUGUGACAUGACCACGCCAGAACCAGAGCAGUGA